CCACUCCCUAUUGUCCUGUCUGGGACUUUCAGCUUCUCUGGAAAUCCACAAGGACUGGCCACAUCACCAAGGACCUGGUCCAGCACUAGGACACCUGCAGCAGCUCUGCUCCCUUCACAGCCACCAUGAGUAAGUGUGCAGAUGAGCAUCAGGUCAAGGAAAAGCUGGGGCAACUGAGAUGUCACUUCACAUGGCAGCUGUUAAUUGAAGACUCCGAGGUGUCUGACUUAGAAGAGAGGAUCUCAGAAGAGAUUCUGUUUCUAGAGACCAGCUACAAUGUGGGAAUUCACAACCUAUUGGCCUAUGUGAAACACCUACAAGGCAAGAAUGAGGAUGCCCUGGAGUGCCUGAAAGAAGGUGAAAAUUUGUGCAGGACAGACCAAGCUGAUGAACCAGAUGUGAGAAGUCUGGUGACCUGGGGCAACUAUGCCUGGGUGUAUUACCACAUGGGCAGAUGGGAAGACACACAGAAGUACCUGGACAAGGUGCAGGAGAUUUGCAAGAGGUUUGACGAUUCUUCCUGCUAUAGAGUGGAGUGUCCUGAGAUGGACUGUGUGGAAGGAUGGGCCUUGCUGAAGUGUGGAAUAAAGCACUAUGAACGGGCCAAGGCCUGCUUUCAAAAGGCUCUGGAAGUGGACCCUGAAAACCCGGAAUUCAACACCGGCUAUGCAAUUGUCACCUACCGCCUGGACUACUCAGCCAGAUGCGAUAUCUGUGAUGGCUUGUCCCUUCCUCCCCUCAGAAAGGCCAUCAGCCUCAACCCACAAGAUGGGUACCUGAAAGCUCUCCUUGCUCUGAAGCUGCAGGAUAUGGGAGAGGAAGCAGAAGGAGAAAAGUACCUUGAAGAAGCUCUGAGCCAUGGGUCCUCACAGACAUACGUGUUCCGGUACGCAGCCAAGUUUUACCGCAGACAGGGCCGUAUAGAUGAAGCUCUGAUGUAUUUAAAAAAGGCCUUGAAGGCAACACCCAAGUCUGCCUUUCUUCAUCACCAGAUGGGACUUUGCUACAGGGAUCAAAUGAUCCAAAUAAAGAAGUCUUCCAACAGGCAGCCUCGAGAUCAGAGUAGAAGAGAUGUGGACAGACUGAUUCGAUUAGCUAUAGACAAAUUUCAAACGGCUACAACACUAAAGCCCAUGUUUGAAAUUGCUUAUGUACACCUGGCACGCACAUAUAUAAAGGCAGGUGAUAAUGAAAAAGCAGAAGACAUUUUCCAAAAAGUGCUACACAUGACACCAGCCCAAAAAAGCAUACUGCAAAGUAUACAUUUCUACUAUGCUCAGUUUCUACAAGUUCAGAAGCAAUCUGAAGUUGAUGCAAUUGAGCAUUAUUUAAAGGUAAUAGAUGUAGGAAAGAAAUCAUUUAUCAGUGGUAGAAGUAUAGAUGCUCUUAAUCAAUUGUUUUCUGAGAGACCAGAGAGAAAUGCAUCAGACCCAGUAGGUUUGAAGCUCCGUGAGUUGAUGAACAAGUGGGAAGAAGUAAAAAAAAACCUGGGGUGCAAUGAGCAAGCUCUGGCAGCAGAUAAUGAUUAUGACAAUGAUAUGGAUUUUGGCCUCUAGGUACUCAACUACUCA